AUGCUGCACUCUCUAUACAACAGACCAUCCAAAACGCAAAAAUUUGUGGGAACUUCAUUGAAAGACGGUCGUCAGAUUCCAGACCUCACAGUUCAAACCAAUAAUAUCUCCCUUUCAUCCAAUUCCUCAACAGAGGAUUCAAUCCUCCAGCCUCAGAUUAUUCUUCGGGUAGUCGGAGAGACUUCCGAUGACCUUGCGUACGAAGAGGAGAAGACACAAACCGGCACUGAGCUUACUUCUGGAAAUAACAAGUCAGGUCAACGCAAGAAGAAUAAUGCAAAGAUCGGCCAUAACAAAAGGAUUCCAAACGAAUUCACAGUUUCUCGAGAAUUACUUGAAAGUAGAAGUAAGUACUUUGCUGCGAUGUUGAAGCCUGAUAGAUUCCGGGAAGGUAGCAAUGAUGAGCCGAAAGAAUUGGCAAUCAUCCCAGGCGUUCUGUCUCAAAGAAGCGUUGAAGCGCUGCUACUGUGGCUUAUUCGAGGAGAGCUGAUAGUUCGAGAAGACAAUUGGGGCAUUACGAAGAAUUUCUUACGGUCCUGGUGGACUGGGUCGACAUCCGCUACAUCAUUAGGAGAAGGAGCCCAAUUGCCAUUGGACUCCGACGGAAAGACUAGGGAAAGACAACUUCGAGACUCGAAACAAAUCUCGGACUUGAUUGAAAUUGCACGACUAGCAGUGUAUUGGCAAGUUGAGGACGACAAACUCGAGACUUCUAUAGCUGAUAGUAUUCGGAGGUGGGUGGUGAAAUUGACGAGGAAAACCGAAGUACCUGGAGUUGGCAUAGGGGCUGCAGAGGCUUUUCAACGUCUGGAAUACAUGGAUACCAAGCCAGCCUUCUCUCCCAAUACCUGUCUGUUCACUGAUCAACACAUUGACUCCAUUCAGCUCUUACCUUAUGGACAUCCGGUAUAA